GGUUAUUUGCUUGUUUACAAUUUUUAUAUAAACUUUACUCUUCAAAAUGUAUCAUAGUCUAAAAACAAAUAGGUUAAAUAAGUUACUUGUUACAAAAAAAUUAAGUUCCUAUAAAUGUGUCAUUGUAAAAUAUAUUCAUAGCUUGGGCUUGAACGACAUUCCUAAAGUAACCGUGAGUGAUAUUCGAAAAUUGCUCCGGCAAAAGGGAUUUGCAGUACAAGAUGGGUUUACAGCUUUAACGGCAAAGUGUACAAUAUGCCAAAUUCCUGAAGACCAGAAAAAAACCGAAAAUAAGUUGUACGUCAAUAAAAUUACGGGUAAUUUUUUAUGCCCCAAAUGUAAUGUUCAUGGUGAUUGGAAUAUUCUGGAACGAAUUAUAAAAAAAGGCAAACUAGAAGGAACAAUCAAGGAGUACAUAGAACAGUUACAAAAUGAAGCUAAUGAAUUCCAAAAGAAGUGGCAAAAGAUUGUUGAUGAAACAUCUCCGUUAUCCAGCUUAGAUGAAAGUGAAGCUAUUAACCUAUUUCGUUUGUUUGAAUAUCCAUAUUACAGUGAAGCCACAAAAGUAUUAUCCGAAGUUCGAGUCUCCAGUGAUCACACAGUAUUAUAUUACCCACUCACAAACUCUCUAGACAAAGUUGUUGGGUACCGGAAAGUCAAAGCCGGCUUAGAAGAUGAGCCGGAGUAUUGUGGAAUGCAUACAGCGGGCCUAUUUCAAUGUAGAGCCACAAAAGCUAGGAGUGAUCAAGCUAUAUUGGUACCUGAUAUACAAGAUGUGUUAAGUUUAGCUGAUAGUAAAGUGCCAGGAACCCUUGUAUGGCUGAACAACUGCAGCCUACCUCCUGUGGUGCUCCCCACGCUGGAAAAUCAUCAAAGACUAUGUCUGUGGGGAGACUGGAACAACAUGCGCGCUGUGGCUGAAAAGCUGGGUGAACAGAGAUGCCGGUUUAUAAGGCCAACAGACGGCCUCGUGACGGCGUCUGAGGCGGCGCAGGCAAACCUGUCGCUGAAGACCCUGGUGUCGGAAGCCAAGCCCGCCGCGCACCGCGCCAUCACCACCUUCGCCUCGCUCAGGGACGACGUGUACGCUGAACUCACUAACCUUGAUAAGGUCCGCGGUGUAAAAUGGCGUCGUUUCCCGGCGUUGUCGCGUCUGCUGGGCGGGCACCGGCGCGGGGAGCUCACCGUCAUCACCGGACCCACCGGCUGCGGCAAGACCACGCUCUGCGCUGAGAUGUCCCUCGACCUCGCUAUGCAGGGGGUGACAACCCUGUGGGGUAGUUUCGAGAUCCGCAACUCUCGUCUGGCGCGCACGAUGCUGCAGCAGUUCGCGGGCGUGCCGCUGGAGCAGCACCUCCAGGAGUUCAACACGCACGCCGACGACUUCCAGAAGUUACCCAUAUACUACCUCGCCUUCCAUGGCCAGCAGCCGCUUAAUGUUGUAAUGGAGGCGGUAGAACACGCGCGUUAUAUGCAUGACAUUUCCCACGUGAUAGUGGACAAUGUGCAGUUCAUGCUGGGGCUAUCGGCGACGGGCGAGGACCGGUUCGCGCGGCAGGACGCCGUCGUCGCCGCCUUCCGCGCGUUCGCAACCGCGCGACACACGCAUGUCACGCUUGUUAUGCAUCCGCGAAAGGAGCGUGAGUCGGAAGAUCUAUCGACAAGUUCCAUUUUCGGCAGCGCGAAAGCGUCUCAAGAGGCAGAUAACGUUCUUAUCAUUCAGGAUAAAAGACUGACAGCGGUCCGUGGCAAAAAAUAUUUGCAAGUCGCAAAAAAUAGGUACAGCGGCGACUUGGGUAUAGUGCCGCUCGAUUUUGACAAAGAUGCCCUUAGUUAUCAAUCUAAGAAGAAGUCCAAGAAACAAGAUGAACCCGAAAAAGCACUCGAUGAGAGUUUAGAAGAGUUCUCUAUAGAUGAGCCAGUGCACAACAACAAAUCGACAAAACAUAAAAAGACUAGACCCAGUGACGCUGAAAGUUAUCUAAGUGAUAUAUUAAAUUUGAACAGAACUAGAUAACUUAUAAGUUAUAACUAUAAGGAUAAACUUUUUAAU